CCUGUUCAUUUCAUUUUGUGCCAUUUGCAAACCUUUUUCUUCAUUUGUACCCUUUGCUUACUUUAAUCUCCAUUGAAGAAAAACAAACAAACCCUUUUUGUAUCGGUAAAGGGCCAAAUAUAGUCUAUACUAUUGGAAAAGGGUCAAAUAUAUCUCUCGUUAUAGUUUGGGUCUAAAUAUACCCUUGCUAUUAUACUUUGGGUCAGAUAUACCCCUCAUUUUAACGGAGAGACACGUGUCAUCAUCCUAUUGGUCUAUUUUAAAAUAUCUCUUAAUCAAUAAAAAUCCAACUCAUAACCCGGUAUCUAAUAAAAAAAAUCCAUAUCCAUACCCGGUAUCCAAUUAAAAUGAAAUCUUUGCUCUUCCUUCGCCGCCGGUCCAUUUCAUCAAAGCUUUCAUCUUUAUGCAUUUGCAUUUUGCUAUACUUUUGCUUUUUUUUCCAUCAAUCAAAAUCUAAUUCUUCUUCCACUUCAGCAAAUCUUUCAGCUUUCUGCUUUUACUAUGCUACUGUGUUGUUUAUUAUCAAUCGGAUGGACUUUUUUCCUAUUCAAUAUUUUCAGCUUGAACAAAAUUUUCAACUUUAUGUAUGUAUAUGCUAUUAUUUUCUUUAUCCUCCAUCAAAAUUGGUUUCUUUCUUCAUUGCGACAAAGUUCUUAGCUUUCUGCAUUUACUAUGCUAUUAUGUUAUUUAUUCUCAAUCAAUAUUGAAUUCAAUUUUAAUGGUGAAUUUGAUGGUCCCACUAUUACCAUAUUUAAUCUGCUCCAAGGCAUUUAAUCUGCAAAGAAGAAGAAGGGGAGCAAAACUUUCAUUUUAAUUGGAUACCGGGUGUGGAAAUGAAUUUUUUAAUGGAUACUAGGUUAUGGGUUGGAUUUUAAUUAAUUAAGAGAUAAUUUAAAAUAGAUCAAUAGGAUGAUGACACGUGUCCCUUCAUUAAAACGAGCGGUAUAUUUGAGCCAAAGUAUAACAGCAGGGGUAUAUUUGAACCCAAAGUAUAACGGCAGGGGUAUAUUUGGACCCAAAGUAUAACUAGAGGUAUAUUUGACCCUUUUCCGUUUUUAUAUUCCCAAUUUCCAAUCUCAAUAUUUAAAACCUCUCGAAUUCAAAUAAAUCAAGAAAUAAAAAUACAUGGCAAAAUUGGUGAAAAAUGCUGUUUUUUCCCCAUCAACUUCUAGUUUUGGUGAUAUUCAACAUGGGGUUUGUUCUUUUCCUAUGAAAUUUAAAAAUCCAAAUUCAUUUGGGAUUUCAUUAUCAACAAGUAAUGAUUUUUUGGGUGCUAAUAUUUCUCAAAGAGGACGCUUAAGUUUUCCAAGUUCAAUAGAAGAAAUAACAAAUAUGCAGCUACCAGUGCUCAGAUGAGCAUUGGAGUUAAGAAAGCACCAAAAUGGUGGGAGAAAGGGCUUCAACCUAACAUGAAAGAGGUGACUGGUGCCCAAGACUUUGUCGACUCCCUUCUAAGCGCCGGAGAUAAACUAGUAGUUGUUGAUUUCUUUUCCCCUGGCUGUGGAGGCUGCAAAGCCCUUCAUCCAAAGAUAUGUCAGCUAGCAGAAAUGAAUCCGGACGUGCAGUUCUGGCAUGUGAACUAUGAGGAACUCAAGUCAAUGUGUUACUCACUGAACGUACACGUUCUCCCAUUUUUCCGUUUCUAUAGAGGUGCUGAAGGUCGUCUUUGUAGCUUUAGCUGUACCAAUGCCACGAUAGAAAAAUUCAAAGAUGCAUUGGCAAAGUAUGGCGCAGAUUGUUGCAGCCUCGCACCAGUCAAAGGGCCUAAGGAGAAAGAGCUACUUGCGCUAGCAGCUAACAAGGACCUAUCUUUUGCGUACACACCAGAAACAGAAGAACCAGUACCUGUUGUUGCCUUACAAGAAGAUAUGGUGAUAAAAACAAACCGAACAUUUUCAUCUCAUCCAAUUACAUUUCGCCCCUUAUUGCUUCCACUUCCGCUUCCCCUCACGUCAGCUUCACAUAAGGCCAAAUACGACUCAAAAGAAGUGAAGCUUGUUAAGAAAAUGGGCAUUCUGACACCACGUGCCUAGAACUGGACAUGAAGCGUGGAUAAUAUAACAUGAUGGUGCAAUAUUCGGCAAACCAAGAAUAUGGAUGGAUCUAGCUCUUGCUCAGACCAUAUAAAAAGUUGACAUUUUGCGAGUAAAUUGUUUCAUAGAGGUAAUAUACGCACAAUUGUCUUGUGUUUUUUUGGUGAUGUACGUUCUGUGUUUUUUUAUGUACACAAUGUUGCGGCAAUGGAUUGAAGAUGACAUGUACCAUACUGUAUCUGGUUGUUAUACAUAUUGUCCGGUAUCUAUCUAUUCUUAGCUGGAGCAACAGACAGGCACUCUUUGACUUUCUCCUUUUUUUCACUAGGACUCUAGGAGAAAAGUAAGUGCAUUUCUAGUAAUAUGCUUUACUUGUUUCUGAAUCUGUUGGUGAUUGAGAAUUACAGAAAUACUAAGUUUGAAAUUUACACUUCCAAGUCUUUAUUUGUAUAUACUCUUCUAAGUUAUGUCCUUCCGCUUUUAUUUAUUCCAUACAUAGGUAAAUAGUAGAGAUUUGGUGCACAGCCUAACAGACGAACACGAUUGCGAAAAG